AUGUCUACCAGCUGUGGUGACGGCAUCGUGCCAACUGAGCCCCCAAUAGGCCUGACGUCUACCUCUCAGCCAACCUACUUGGGAUCCACCAGCUUUAUGUCAGCAUUUCACCAUGACCGACAGCAUCUGAGCCUUUCUACACCAAAAAUUGCCUAUGCAUCCACCCUGCACAAGGCGUGGAGUGCUGACUUCACUCAUGUAUUUCCCCGACUGAUUCAGCUUCUGCGCCCCCUCAGGCUCUAUGAAGAUUUAGUGACCGACGAAUACCAUCGGAGCCCAUUCACGGUCAUCCCAGCUCCUCUUAUUCUUACACCCUUAAAGCUGCUUCGAAGUCACUGGGACAAGGAGAGGUGGCCGCAAGAGGGUUUGGUAUCUCAGAUCACUCAGAGCACGGCCACCCAAUUGGUUAAGGUUGACGCAAACAUGACAACAGACCAGUUUUACCAUAUCUUCACGGGUGCGAAUUUACGAUGGGAAUUUGUCGGCCUCAUAUUCGCCCUAGCAGGACUCGGUGCUAGUGCGUCGUCUCGUGGCUCUCAAUUGUUCUCUCUGAAUGGCAAGGAUGAACUAAGCGCAGAUGCCUUUGCCAUGCAGAUGGCAGCAGCAAGUCAUGCAUGUAUUGAAAUCUGCCGACAGUAUGACAAUGUGAAUGACUUGGUUGUUUGGCUGAACUACACAUUCUUCGUAUUGGCAUCGAAUAUGAUGGGAGAGACAAGCCAUCAUAUUUACGCGCAAUUUGGGGACUUAGUCUCCUGCAUCCAUGCCAUGGGCCUACACCGUCCAGAUCCUCCUGAGUCCUCCGUUCCAUUUUUCCUCUCAGAGGCGCGUAAGAGGGUUUUCGCAGCGUCAUAUCGAGCUGACAAGAAUAUCGCCACUUUCCUGGGGAGGCCUCCUCGACUCCUCUACCAUUUUUGCGACGUGGGACUACCAUUGGAUAUCGAUGAUGAUAGUCUGGUCGGGGAUCGUCUUUCCCUCGACAAGACUAUAAGGCAGCUUACGCUGGAUGGAUGGGGUACUUUCAAUGGCGGUCUUCGCCCUGCCACAGUUAUCCGGCUGCGAUACAUGGUAGCAAUGUUGCGAGAGAAGGUGUUGGGACUGUCCCUGGAACGGGGCUCAGUUGGUUCCAGACAGAAUGAACUUCAGGCUACCUAUCAAGAGUGUAAGCAAAUGUGGGACAGAGUCCCCAGUGAGUUCCACUACAGCAAGCACUCCUGGAAGGCUUUAAGCCCGCACCUGGCCAUAAUACGUCUAGUCAUCCAUCUGGAAUACCUCCACACACUGUUUCAGAUCGAGCGCAUCCGUUGCAACGAGCUGCCCGACUCCAUGACUGAUCUUCUGGACUCGGCCAUGCAGAUUGUCUCAGCAGUCACGGACUUCGCGAAGCACCGCAAUCAAGAAGACAGCAUCCGGCAGCAGUACACAUGGAUUUUUCUCUUUUAUACUCUUCCAGCAGCAGGUGUCGUUGCAACUGAGCUCCAUCACUGUACGGUGUCCAGGGUGCCACUACCAUGUUCCAUCCCUCGGUCCAGAAUUAUCCGUGAUCUAAGCCUGCUUGUCUCCUGGUUCGAAAGUGGUAACCAACCGUCUAGUGCCGCACAUCAGGCGUGCGUGGAUGUCACCAAGGUCAUAACCAGGCUCUUAAAUGAUACGUUGGAUUAUCCGUCGGGCGGGCAGAUGGCGGCUGGCGCACAACACGGCACAGGCAAUCGCCCUGCGCCGAACAGCGAUGAUCGAGGCCGGGAUAGUUCUCAUCUGAUUGGUGUGUCGUUAAAUGCCUAUGAACAGAGUGGGACAUCACCGAACGUGGAUGCGCUUGAAACGAGUGAGGAUUUCUUAAACUGGCUGGACGAGUUGGGGUUGGACACAAGCGUCCCUGAGUUCUUUGGGUGCCAGUAG